AGAGCGAAGACUGAAGGCAGCUUUGGCCGGAGCAGCGGGAGCAGCGCAGUCUUGAAGGCGGCUCCAGCCGGAGCAGCGAAGACUGAAGGCCUCUAGUUUUCUAUAUUUUGCUAUUACCAGCAAGGCCACAGGAAAUAGAAACCUCAGGCAGGCAUGGUUUCCUCCGGGGCAGGUAACCUUUGGGACAAUCUCCUGGCGAGAAAUGGCACCUUGGAGUCAUUGUUAAUUGACAUUUCCCAUGAAUGAAGGCCCUGCUGCAGGCUGAUCUGGGAGGUGGCAGCCUCUGACCCAGGACAGGUAUCACCAUGGCCCUCCUGAUACACCUGCUUGUCUGCACCUUCGGGAUGGGCUCCUGGGUGGCCAUCAACGGGAUCUGGGUGGAGCUGCCCCUGCUGGUGACGGAGCUGCCGGAAGGCUGGUACCUGCCCUCCUACCUCACGGUGACCAUCCAGCUGGCCAACGUCGGGCCCCUCCUCUUCACCCUGCUCCACCACUUCCGGCCUGGCUGCGUGUCCGAGGUGCCCAUCAUCUUCGCCGUGCUGGGUGUGGGCACCAUUGCCUGCACCCUCUUUGCCUUCCUCUGGAAUGUCACCUCCUGGGUGCAGGGCAGCCUCCGCAGCAUCACCUUCAUGGUCCUCACCUUCUUCCUGGCCCUGGUGGACUGCACCUCCUCCGUCACCUUCCUGCCCUUCAUGAGCCAGCUGUCCACCCACUACCUCACCACCUACUUUGUGGGUGAAGGACUCAGCGGCCUCCUGCCUGCCCUGGUGGCUCUUGCCCAGGGCUCGGGACUCACUACCUGCGUCAACGUCACCGAGACACCUUAUAACACCUCAAGCCCUAGCAUCGUGAGGAAGACCGGCAUCCCACAGGGAAAUGACAGCACUCCUGUGCCUGGCCUCACGGGGACGGCGCCCACCAUGGUCCGUCUGGAAAGCCGCUACCUCCCUGCCCACUUCUCGCCCUUGGUCUUCUUCCUGCUGCUCUCCUUCAUGAUGACCUGCUCCCUCCUUGCCUUCUUCCUCCUCCAGCGCCACCCCAGGCGCUGUAAGACCUCCACAGAAGACCUCCUCACCUCCCAGGUCACCCUCUACUCUAUCCGGCCACUGAAAGAGGACCUGGGCCCCACGGCCCCGGCGGACAGCAGUAUGAGCCAGGAGCCCGCGGAGGAGAAAGCGGCCUCCCGCUACCCAGCCCACCUACUUUUCAUCUACGGGCUGGUGGCCUUUGUGAACGCACUCACCAACGGCGUGCUGCCUUCUGUGCAGACGUACUCCUGCCUGUCCUACGGGCCGGUAGCCUACCACCUGUCCGCCACCCUCAGCUCCAUGGCCAACCCUCUGGCCUGCUUCCUCUCCAUGUUCCUGCCGAACAGGUCUCUGCUCUUCCUGGGGGUCCUCACCGUCCUUGGGACCGGCUUCGGGGCCUACAACAUGGCCAUGGCGGUGAUGAGCCCCUGCCCCCUCAUGCAGGGCCACUGGAGUGGAGAAGUCGCCAUCGUGGCCUCGUGGGUGCUUUUCAUUGGCUGCCUGAGCUAUGUCAAGGUGAUGCUGGGCGUGAUCCUGCGCGACCGUAGCCGCAGCGCCCUCUUGUGGUGUGGGGCGGCGGUGCAGCUGGGCUCGCUGCUCGGAGCUCUGCUCAUGUUCCCGCUGGUCAACGUGUGGCGGAUCUUCUCCUCGGCGGACUUCUGCAGCCUGCAGUGCUCCGCCUAGGGCCUAGGCCAACUGAAAACUGGGGCCCAGGGAGACAAGGCAAGGGCCCAAGGUCACUGGGAAAGUGUUGGGGUGAGGGGGUGGUCUCUGAGGCAGAGCCUGAGGACUUGAACCAUCAACACAAACCCCCCUCCUUAAGGUGGCUGAUUCCACAGGCCUCCCAGGGAGCCUGGAAACGCAGAGCACAGCCCGCCCCAGCUCUGAGUCAGGUGCUUGCAAUUCCACUCUCUCAGGGCCUCCUUCCCUCACGCUUGGGAGGGAACUGACUUGGGGCACCCAGCUGGAGGCGGGCUCUGACCAGCUGUGCGACCUUGGGGAGUCACCUGAUUUUUUUGUGCCUAUGUUUCCUCAUCCAUAAAAUGGGGAUUGUAAUACAUAGCACCUACCUCAUACAGCUGACAGAGGGCUGAAAGGGAGACACCCGUGUGUGGCAAAACCGCCUGGGCCACUUCCUGAUCUGACGCCCAACAGUAAUGAGAAGAGUGACCACAGUGGCCAGGGCUUGAGAGACGACCCCUGCCCCAUGUCCCUUCCCCACUGUCCUCAGAGGAGCUUCUGGAAGACACGGCUAAUGGGGGAAUCUCGGGGAAGGGGUCCCUGAUUCCCAUUAUAGAGGGACACUCACCCCUUCCCAUCAUCCCUCCUGACCCAUGACCUCCUGAGAGGCAGAGAGAGGUGAUGGGGGAGGGGCGACACCAAGUGCCCACCCCCAGCUCAGCAAGGCUGACCACUGGACCCCGAGGACCCCAGGACACAGGUCUGCCAUCUGGGGGGCGGGGGGGGCGUUAGUUACCUGACUGUUGUUUUACCUGAUUGUUGUUUUUUAUUUUACUUUUUGUGUGUUUUUUAAAAUAAAGGCAUUCCCUGCUUUUACACUAA